AAAAUCAGCGUUAGGUAGUCAAGUUGACAAAAGAUGGUUGGAAAAAGAACAUAGUAAUAUUGAAUAUUAUAAUGAUAAUAACGGUGGUGGUGGUGAUAACAUCAAUGGUAAUAUUAAUAAUAUUGGUGGUGCACAAUCAGUUGGUUUUUUGUUAAAUUGGUUAGUUAACUUUAAUGAUGCUAUAAAUUUUUAA